AUGAGAUUCGCUGAGUUCCAAAAUUCUAUAAUCCAGAAACUGGGGUUGCAAGGCGUGAAACGGGUUAAGAAGUUAUUUUAUCGCAUUCCGAUUCCAGUUUUGCGAGAUGAUGUGAAAUAUGAUUCGUUUGUUAUAGGGAGUGACGAUAAUUUGGAGGUUCUAUUCAAUUGUCGUCGGCAGUUUCCCGAGGUCAGGACACCUAAGCUGUUGGCCAAGUUUGUAGAUGUGGUCUCUAGCUCAGGUGGUUCGAACCGGAAUCUCCAAGCUCUAGCAACGGUAGCUUGCUAUAGUUCGAGGCCUGUUAGUGCCUCUUCAUCCGUGCCUGUGAUUGUACCUCAGGAAAUGGUGGUUGCUUCCCUGUCCUUCGCAGCUGAUCUCAACAGCAGUGGUGACAGAGAAGGUGGGACACCGGAUGGUAUAGAUGAUGUAUUGCCAGAUGAUGAUGACGCUGAUGAUGUGGAGCCGGACAUCAUUGCUGAUGAUAGCGGUGAUGACAAAGCAGCGAAUAAUCCAACUAGGGUUGGCGGAGCGUCCAGCUCAGGGACUCAACAGUACCAUCUGUACUUUUUAUAUUUGGACUUAGAUGUCAUGAGACAGGAGGGGAUUCCUGGAAAACCUGACAAAGAGGAGGUCGUGUUUAGCGUGAAGACCUAUAGCAUCCGACGUGGGGUACAGCACAAAGUGUUGGAGUCCGAUUAUCGCAAGUACUUUGGAAAGUGUAAGGAAUUUGGCAAUGGGUGCACAUGUUUGAUUAGGAUCAGUCUCCGCCCGUGUAGAGGCAUUUGGGAGGUAAAACGGUACAAUGGACUUCAUACUUUUCUGGCCACGUUGAUCUCGAGCGAUCACAGUAGUCUUGAUUAUCAUGUGAUCUCGGCCUUCAUACUACCAAUGGUUAGAGCUGAUGCAGCCAUGGGUUCAAGGCACUGCUGA